AGGGCGCUAGCCUCGCGGGGACUGGCCUCCUCCAGCAGCUGGAGGCGGUCACUGGUGCCGGGCUAGGGGCUGAGGCAAAAGGGCCCAUGCGUACGGCGAGGCAGUACGGAGCCUCCAUCCCGGCGAUCCUCCCUCGCGCGGCGGUGGCUCGGCGGCCGCUGGAGUAAUCGCUGCCUUUGUUCCGAGCGCCUGAUCCCUGUCGUGGUCCCGGCCCCUCACGCCGCCGCGCUCCAGUCGGCCCGCCCUCGGUCCGCGAACCCCACUUCGGCUCGUGCCGCGCGGAUGCGGCUGCCGGGCCUGGGUCUGGGCUUUGAGCGGGAGGAGGAGAAGGAGCGGCGGCGCCUGGGCGGCAUGCGAUGGGGAACUGCUGCUGGACGCAGUGCUUCGGGCUGCUCCGCAAGGAAGCGGGGCGGCUGCCGCGUGUAGGAGGCGGCGGAGGAUCUAAAUAUUUUAGGACAUGCUCAAGAGGUGAGCACUUAACUAUAGAGUUUGAGAAUCUAGUAGAAAGUGAUGAAGGGGAGAGCCCAGGAAGCAGUCAUAGACCUCUUACUGAGGAAGAAAUUGUUGACUUAAAAGAGAGGCAUUAUGAUUCUAUUGCUGAAAAACAGAAAGAUCUUGAUAAAAAAAUUCAAAAAGAGUUAGCCUUACAAGAAGAGAAGUUAAGACUAGAAGAAGAAGCUUUAUACGCUGCACAGCGUGAAGCAGCCAGGGCAGCAAAGCAGCGAAAGCUCUUGGAGCAAGAAAGGCAGAGAGUUGUACAGCGAUACCAUCCUUUCAACAAUGGAGAAUAUCAAAGUUCAGGACCAGAAGAUGACUUUGAAUCUUGUUUGAGAAAUAUAAAGUCACAGUAUGAAGUUUUUCGAAGUAGUAGACUCUCAUCAGAUGCUACAGUUUUGACACCAAAUACAGAAAGCAGUUGUGAUUUAAUGACCAAAACUAAAUCAACUAGUGGAAAUGAUGACAGCACAUCCUUAGAUCUAGAGUGGGAAGAUGAAGAAGGAAUGAAUAGAAUGCUUCCGAUGAGAGAACGUUCCAAAACAGAGGAAGACAUUCUCCGGGCAGCACUUAAGCAUAGUAGCAAGAAGACUGGAAGUAAUCCUACAUCAGCCUCUGAUGAUUCCAAUGGGCUGGAGUGGGAGAAUGAUUUUGUUAGUGCCGAAAUGGAUGACAAUGGAAAUUCCGAGUAUUCUGGAUUUGUAAAUCCUGUAUUAGAACUGUCUGAUUCUAGUAUAAGGCAUUCUGACGCAGAUCACCAGACUCGAUAGGGUAAAAUUGUGUGACCCUGUUUAUCAGUUAUGACCAAAUGUUAAAAACCACUAGAAUGUAUAAGUGGUUGUGCUGAGCCUUUUUGUAAGGGGGAGGUAAGAGACCAUAUUGUAAAUGCUUAUUUUAUUAGAAAGGAGUAGAGGAGAAAAAGAUAGAUCUGAACUGCUUCAGAAUUAAGUGCAAUUUCAUCAUCUGCCUUCUGCUUUUCAAGACCAAUUUAAUGGUCCUGUCAUGUUACCAAGUAGAUUUAUUUUAACUCUUUUCUUUAUAGCAGUCCUGUUUAUUAUUGUAGAUUUCCACUUUAAAAGAUUUUGUUAUUAAUUUUAGUUUGAAUGCUUUAUUAAGCCUAUUUCACUAUCUAUGGAAAUAUUAAGACUUUUUGUUAAUUCUCAGCAGAUGUGAAGGGAGCAUGAGGAGGGAUUGUCAGAUUCAGAUUUAGAAUAAUGUUCCCUUUUUCAGCAUUAUUUAUUUCUGUAACUUCUUUGAAUUUUAUUAUCUAAUGGUAAGCACAAUUAAUUUGAAUAGAUGACUCUAAGAAAUGCUGAUCAAUUGGUUUCUUACUACACUUACUACAUAUUCUAGUAUGAUAAUGUUGAUUCAAUCUGAACAAAGGAUAAUAUGAUAAAAGUAAACUUUCCGAGUUUGGACAUUUUAAAUUGGUAGUAAUCAAAAUAAUACUUAAGAAAAUAUACAUAUAUAUUAGACUUUUUCACAUCAUUUUACAUACCACUGUAUUGACUUUAAGUUAAUUGAUAUAGAGUAUUCAGUUUUUAGGUGCCAUUACUUUUUAAAAAUUCUGUAUUUCCAGUAAAUGAUCUUAGAUAGAUUUUACACAGAACAUAUUCUCUGCACGAUUUAAGAAAGGAGAACCUAAAAAGGUAAUACGGGUAUGUCAAAGUCAAUAAAAUCCUUUCUGGUAUGAAAGGCUCCAUUGAUUUUAUUGAUCUUACCUUUGCCUUGUAGUACAAGGUGCUUAAUGGGAUGGAACUAAGUAUAUCAAUAUAUAUAACUGCAUUUUGUGGUAGACAAUUAACUCUUCUCUAAAAUUUAUGUUUCACUAUAAAAGGCCAGGGAUAUAAACCUCUCUGUAAUUGCUUUCCUUGAUUUUGCUGAGGAAUGGGUAUGAUUUUAGUAAGCAAACUGUUUUUCAUUUUCCUUGGUGGUAUUUUCUUUUCUUUCUCUUGCAACAAUGACAGUGCAUGUUUUUAUGAAUAUAGGAAGGUCCAGAUAUAAAUAGUAAUAACUUAAAGUUCUUGCUGUACUUAAAAACAAAUCAUGUGGCCCUUUCAAUAUUUGAACUGCUAAGCAAUGACAUAUGUAGUUUUUCUCCUUUUCUAUCUCAUAGAAACUAAUAUGACACUUUAAAUAUGUAAAUAUAGUCCAUUAAGUAGUGCUAUUAUUUAUAUCUGUCUUAACAUAAUUUAAGUUGUAGCUGUGUCAUUGCAAAUAUUUUAAAGGUAAUCUACAUUAUAUUGCCUGUGUUAAUGCUUUUUAAAGUUUGUACACAUGAAAUGUAUAUUUUUGGUUUGACAUAAGCUACUAUUGUAAUUUUUCUUGGCUUUUUGUUCAUAAAGAAUUUUUUGAAGGAAUGGUAACUUCUCAAGGAUUGUGAAUAAACACAUUUUUACAUUUGAAGGUAAUAAA